UUUGCACUAAAAAUUAACGAAGUUUCGUGAAUACGACGUUGCGAUUGUGAUUGAAAGUAUUUUUGGAAACGAUCGUGUUUUACGAUUUGAAAUGAAUCUUUCGAAUAUGUUGGUUGAGCCUAAAUUGACGAACACGUCACCAAAUUUCGGCAGAUCACCCGAUACACAAAACGAGAUAUUGCAAUCUCUGGGUACACCUCAUAUUGAAUCCUUUAAUUACAUGCUGGAAGAUGGCCUUUAUCAAAAUUUAAAGGAUAACACGCCUGUAUAUGUAACUCUUCCUAAUAGCGACAAGAUAGUUCUUUGGCUGGACGAUGUACAUAUCUAUAAGCCUGCUGCUCCUACUAAUACAAUUGGUUUGAAAUCAUAUAAAAUAUAUCCAUCGGAAUGUCGACAAAGAGGUGUCACUUACAAGGGUAAGAUAAUUGCCAGGAUUGGAUGGUCCAUUAAUGGCAAAGAACAGGAGAUUCUUGAGAAAGAUUUGGGAGAGGUUCCAAUCAUGCUCAAGUCUAAUCGGUGUCAUUUAAACAAAAUGAGCCCUAAGGAAUUAGUCGCACAUGGCGAACAUGAACAAGAAUGGGGUGGAUACUUCAUAAUCAAAGGUUUGGAGCGACUCGUACGUAUGCUAAUAAUGACAAGGCGAAACUAUCCCAUCGCUGUCAAGAGACCAAUUUGGAAAGGUCGCGGCGAGCAAUUCAGCGACUUAGGUAUUCUUUUGAGAAGCGUUCGGGAUGACAACUCUACCGUUAAUAAUACCCUGCACUAUGUGACCGAUGGUUCUGCAAAAUUUGCGUUUGCAUACAAAAAAGCUACAUACUAUGUGCCAUUAAUACUGAUGUUAAAAUGUUUGAAAGAUGUAACUGACUUAUGCAUUUAUAAAGCAUUACUCGCUGGAUGCGAGGAUGAUCUUUAUUACAAUAAUAGUAUCAUGAAUAUGUUACGUGCUGUACAUGAAGAGGGCCUACACUGGCACGAACAAUGUAAAGCAUACAUAGGAAAGAUGUUUAGAGUAAAGUUUUCCGAAUUACCUGAAGAUGCGACUGAUAUAGACGUUUGUGAUUACAUUGUUAAGAAUUGUGUCGCUAUUCAUCUUGACGAACCUGCUGAUAAAUUCGACUUGCUUGUAUUUAUGACCAAAAAACUGUUUGCCUUUUCAAAUAACAAAUGCGCCGUUGAGGGUGUGGACUCCGUGAUGAUGCAAGAAUGUUUAAUGGGCGGGCACUUGUAUCUACAGGUUCUCAAUGAAAAACUGUGUUCAUGGCUGGUUGGGGUUAAGCAUCAUAUUCUGAAGCGUGCCAAGAGUGCUGGUAAUAGAUACACCUUAAGUGUGCAGGAAAUGUUGAAUGUUACUAAGUUACGGUGCAACAUUGAUGCACAAAUGGAAUACUUUUUGUCCACUGGAAGUAUAAGGUCAUCUUCCGGUUUGGGACUUACGCAAUCCUCUGGUCUUACGAUUGUUGUGGAAAAUAUCAAUAGGAUGCGUUAUAUGAGUCAUUUUCGUGCGAUACACAGAGGCGCAUUCUUUCAAGAAAUGAGAACUACUGAAGCUAGACAAUUGUUGCCUGAUGCAUGGGGAUUUAUCUGUCCGAUUCAUACACCGGACGGUGCUCCAUGCGGGUUGCUCAACCACUUGACAAUGAAUUGUAUUGUUACAAAACAUCCGAAUGCAAAAUUGAAAGCCGCGAUACCUACAGUACUGGUUGACCUCGGAAUGACUCCGUUACCUAUCGCAGAUGAUUGGAAAAAUUCAUAUAACGUAAUGUUGGAUGGGAAAUUGAUUGGCUUGAUUGAAGACAAAAUUAUUAAUAAAGUAGUCUACGAACUGAGAUUACGUAAGAUAAAGGGUAAAGAAAUACCAUCAACACUGGAGAUUGCAUUAGUUCCAAAGAAAAAUGUUCCAGCUCAGUAUCCGGGAUUGUUCUUAUUUACUAGCGCGGCUAGAAUGAUGAGACCGGUGAUAAAUCUAGCUGCACAAAAAAUCGAGUAUAUAGGAACAUUUGAACAAAUUUAUCUGGAUAUUUGCGUGAUUUCUCAAGAAGUUUACGAAGGGAUGACGACUCAUCAAGAGAUAAGCCAGACAACAAUCUUCAGCAAUUUAGCUAAUCUCAUCCCGAUGCCGGAUUGUAAUCAGAGUCCAAGAAAUAUGUACCAAUGUCAGAUGGGUAAACAAACAAUGGGUACACCGUGCCACAAUUGGCAACAACAGUCACAAACGAAAUUAUAUAGACUACAAACGCCUGCCACACCACUUUUUAGGCCGGUACAUUAUGACAAUAUUAACAUGGACGACUUUGCGAUGGGUACCAAUGCGAUAAUUGCUGUUAUCUCAUAUACAGGAUACGAUAUGGAAGAUGCAAUGAUCAUCAACAAGUCGUCGUACGAACGUGGCUUCGGGCAUGGAUCGAUUUAUAAAUCUGAAUUUGUUGAUUUGAACGAUAAAAAAAGUUAUUUUGCUCGCGAUCCGGCUAAACCUGACCUUGCGAAAACAAUAGAUGUUGACGGUUUGCCUAUGAUAGGUAUUGCUAUAAAAGAAGGAGACGCGUACUAUUCCUAUUACGAUGCUGAUAGCGCCCAGUAUGUCAUUGGAAAGUAUAAAAGUGCAGAAACCGCUUAUGUCGACAACGUAAAACUGUGUGGCUCGUUAGGCAAUCAUGAUAUCCGAAGAGCGUGCAUUACAUUCCGUAUUCCUAGGAAUCCCAUUGUUGGAGAUAAAUUUGCGUCAAGAGCGGGACAAAAAGGAAUUCUCUCGCGAUUAUAUCCCAUCGAGGAUUUACCAUUCACGGAGACCGGAAUGGUUCCUGAUAUUAUAUUCAAUCCGCACGGUUUCCCGAGUCGUAUGACAAUCGCUAUGAUGAUUGAAGUGAUGGCCGGGAAAUCGGCAGCUGUGCAUGGAUUGGUUCACGAUGCCACACCCUUUAGAUUUGACGAAGAGAAUACAGCCAUAGACUACUUCGGAAAAUUAUUAGAACUCGGUGGUUAUAAUUAUUAUGGAACUGAGAGAAUGUACUCAGGCAUUUAUGGAUGCGAGUUAACUGCCAACAUCUUCUUUGGCAUUGUGCAUUAUCAAAGAUUGCGACAUAUGGUCUCUGAUAAGUGGCAGGUGAGAAGUACUGGACCGAUUGAUCAGCUCACAAGACAACCCAUUAAAGGUCGUCGACGCGGCGGCGGUAUUCGAUUCGGAGAGAUGGAACGAGACGCUCUUAUUUCUCAUGGUUGCUCAUAUCUUCUCCAAGACCGUCUCUUUCAUUGUUCUGAUAAAAUAACGACUUUAGCGUGUCAAAAGUGCGGCUCAAUACUUGGGCCAGAAUUAACAGUGAAAAGUAGAAUUGAUGACGACGAUAAGAAGUGCCGUUUGUGCGGCGAAGAAGAUACCGUGGACGAAAUUGAAAUUCCAUAUAUCUUUAAAUAUCUUUUAAUACAGCUAGCAUCCUGCAAUAUAAACGUUAAAUUGAAAUUUAGGAAAGUUUGAGAGAAUCAUGAGAAUGCAUCUGUAUAUAUAUCUGUAUAUAGCGUAAUGCGAGUAUGUAUAUCGUGUGUACAAUUUUUCUCAACAGAAUAAAAUUUUAUUUUUUUUUCUAA